CACAAGUACGCCGACUGUGAAUUUUGUUCAGAGCUUCACUCUGUCGGUUGAAUUGUGACUGUGAAAGUGAUCGACGAAGGAGGAUGGAGAAAAAGAAAUUGCUUCCUCGACAAUGGCUGCUGGUAAGACAGUUUCCCGGAAGCGGAAAAUGCAUCCGAGUUUCAAGAAAACUGAUUUGCUAAUUCCGGUGUCGUGGGGGUGUCAAAUCCGUCUUUCAAACCUAAAGGAGCACGGCCCUUGUAUUUCUAUCGCGAGGGCACAGGCUGUGCGUCACGAGCGGCGCAUGAUCCGCAUUCACCGAAAAGUUGUUGAAGAUGAGUUUGAAAGCGAAGUCGGUGAUGAGGCCUUCGACCUGUUUGGUAGAAGGUGGCUGCACGCGGGACAAUGGGGCAAAGAUCAUCCCGUCAACGAUUGGGUUCAUCCCGCUUGGAGGCAGAGAGGAGGGAUUUUUGAGUUUUACGAACGAAUGUGAUUU